GGGACCGUUGGUCACGUUUCACGGUUUCCUCUGGCUGUGACGUUGCUCGUUCUCCCGCCUUCCAGCGACGUCUUAGUACGCAUGCGCGAGAGGAGAAGAAACCCGGAAAUGCUCUUCAGCCGAGCCAAGCUGAGAGGGACGAUGUGGAUCACUGUGCCGUUACGGAGCUCUGCGGGCAGGAUCGCGGCGGCGUGGACGCGCUGCCUCGGCGGCGUCUUCGGCAGGACCGCGGCCGCUCAGGCGGCGGCGUGGACGCUCUGCCUCUGCGGCGUCUUCGGCAGGACCGCGGCGGCGUGGACGCUCUGCCUCGGCGGCGUCUUCGGCAGGACCGCGGCGGCUCAGGCGGCGGCGUGGACGCUCUGCCUCUGCGGCGUCUUCUCGCACCUGAGCGGCGUGUCAGGUGGUGCGGGUGGUGUUCCUUUGUCUGACUUCUCUUACAACUACGUUGCUCCAGGUCUUGGGGUCAACGAAUUGCUUUAUUUCCGGAUCAUCAGCCCCAAGGACAUCGGGUACAUCUUCAGCGCAGCCCCCGCUAAAGACUUCGGGGGAGACUUUACUUCGUCGUAUGAGGAGAUCUUGCUGGUGCCGGCGGAGCCAGCAGACGGCUGCUCGGAGCUGCGGAACAAAGACGACAUCGAGGGCCAAGUGAUCCUGCUGGAAAGAGGGGGCUGUUCCUUUGUCUGUAAGGCUCGACAAGUGGAGGAGGCGGGUGGGAAAGCAGUACUGAUUGCGGACAACGCGGUCGAUAAUGACAGUCAGUAUUUGGACAUGAUUGCCGAUGGAAGCACUGCCAAGCCCAGCAUCCCGGCGCUCUUCCUGCUGGGACGAGAUGGGCUGAUGAUCAGACGGUCCCUGCAGAGACAAGCGAUGCCCUGGGCGGUUAUUUCCAUCCCCGUCAAUGUUUCUUCUUUGGCCUCCUUUCCCCUCAAACAACCUCCAUGGACUCUGUGGUAGAGCCGACACGUCCCCACAGGUGAACCCAUGCAGCGUACCCCGUCGGCUGUGGAUGAGCGCGCAUGGCGGUACUUCUGCACAUGCUACCGGUUAUACCGCCACAACAUGCACGCGUUAGAACAUGGAUGGACACUCGCCUGGCUGGGAACGAAGGACUCUUGUUUGGACUCUUUUUUUUCGGCACCCGUGGCAUUGCCUCGUCAUGCUCCUCUCCCUGACGGCAGCGUGAAGCGUCACAGCCACUUCUCAGCUGUCUGGAUGAAGGUGAGAGAGUUGCUGAAUGUGACGACGACUACGAGUCAGGAGGUGCAGCUGGUUGCCAUAUACUGCUCACACCACAUACGGACAAUAACGGCUACAGCGCCAUCCCAUGUUUUUCUCCUCGCCGCUACUUCGAUGUUCUUGUUUGUCUUCAUGACACCCUUACAGAGACGAAGUAACACACUUUAAGUUAUUGUAAAUAAAUCU